CAGCCAAUCACGUUCGAGCUGAGCGCAAAGCCUCUGCGGAUUGGUCAGUACGCUCCGUCCUUCAGCUGAGCGGAAGCAGCGGCACAGCCAACAGCAGGCUGCUGGGACGAGCAGACAUGAACUCCCUGGAACAGGCCGAAGACCUGAAGGCUUUUGAGAGAAGACUGACAGAGUAUGUCUCCUGUUUGCAACCUGCAACUGGCAGGUGGAGAAUGAUUCUGAUAGUGGUGUCUGUCUGUACGGCUACUGGAGCUUGGAACUGGUUAAUAGACCCCGACACACAGAAGGUCUCUUUCUUUUCAUCACUGUGGAAUCAUCCCUUCUUCACCAUCAGCUGCAUCACUCUCAUAGCGCUCUUCUUUGCUGGGAUACACAAACGAGUUGUGGCACCGUCGAUUAUUGCUGCACGCUGUCGGACAGUUUUAGCAGAAUACAACAUGUCCUGUGACGAUACGGGGAAACUUAUUCUCAAGCCACGGCCGAACAUCCAGUAAUCACAAGCUUGAGUGGGGUGCUCAGACAUCCUGGUACCUGGUCUUUGCCGACAGCCACAGAUCACUCGGUGUCUGGAGUUGGGUGAUCUCAACAGCACCGAGGGGGAACAGCACUAAGGCAGACAUUGUUGUGAUGGGAAUGCAGACGUGAACUGAUUGGGCCUUUUAACAGUGUCGCUGUGCUGAUGUCACCAUUGAAGCUGCUGAUCUGCUCACAUAGGCCAAGAUAUUUUACUCAUUCAGUGUGAGUUCAGAUGUGUUUAUUUCUGUUUCUAAUGUUGAGCGUGUAUUUUAUCAGAAUGUUUCUAUUUUUAAAGUUAUGUACCUAAUAAAUACUUCAGGUGAAAAA